GAACACAAUAUGAAUAUAGCAAUGAGAAGAACAUUUUAAAUAGUAAAAAAAAAAAUUGGUAGAGAGGAUACGAUUCGAUUCCUACAACUAUGAUCAGAAAAUAACUGUGAUCAGAAAAUAACUAAAAUCAUUUGAUGACAUAACCGACCUAUGUUAAAAAUUGCCUGAAAGAAAAAAAAAAUAAAAAAAUGGUGAAGUUUAUCGGUCAAGACCGUCAUGCUGAAAUCUCCAUAGGAGAGGCUUCUCUAGAACAUUAUUUGAAAACUUUCUUCCUCAAAAUUCAAUUAUCUUCUUCCAAUUCCAACUAAUAUACUUUUCUUUUCUUCAACUCCACAGUAUAACUUUUCCCUACAAUUCUCUGCUUCUCCUCUUUCAUUCCCUCCACCCUCUCUCUUCAAUCAACAGGUGAUGUAAAUAUGAGUGUUUGCUUUCCUGUUGGUCAAUCGUCAAUAAAUGCUGUUGUCCUAAAAGGCCGUACUCGGCUGCUGAUGAGCAGUAACAUCUGCAGUCUUCAGACCAGAGGAACAUCCUGUUCAUUUUCUUCCAGUUUUUACCCUGGGAAGUCAGAGACAAAUUAUGUCGGCCUUUCUGUUUGCAGAAAACCAUCUAGUUCAACGAUUAUGGGCCAAACAAUAAAAGGAGGUUACCUUGGAUCAUGCUGCUCCAAGCAAAGGGGAAAUGCUCAAGUUUUUAGUUCUGUAGUCUCUCGGAAGAGUCAUAGUGAAAUUUCCUUUGCAUGUCAAAGUAUGAGUAUGAGGCUGUUGGUACCUAAACAUAAAAUGCUUUCCAAAGUUAAAUGUAAUGUGCGACGAAUAACUUGGCCACGCAGUUGUGCGUCUGUUGGCUUGAUAUUUGGAUUACUUGUGUGUAAUUUGAGUUCUGAACCUGCACACGCUGAGACGGAUAAAGGAAAUGAGAAUAAGAAUGAUGCCUGUGACGAGUCAAAUGUUAAAGUCUCACACGGGAAGAAAGUUUACACAAACUAUUCUGUAAUCGGAAUACCUGGGGAUGGAAGAUGCAUGUUUCGCUCAGUUGCUCAUGGGGCUUGUUUAAGGUCAGGAAAACCACCUCCUAGUGGAAGCUUCCAGAGAGAGCUAGCAGAUGAUUUACGGGCCAAGGUUGCUGAUGAGUUUAUUAAAAGAAGGGAAGAAACUGAAUGGUUUAUUGAAGGUGAUUUUGAUUCAUAUAUUUCACAAAUAAGGAAGCCUCAUGUGUGGGGAGGUGAACCUGAAUUGUUUAUUGCUUCACAUGUUUUGCAGAUGCCAAUCACUGUAUACAUGUAUGAUCAGGAUGCUGGUGGAUUGAUAUCAAUAGCUGAAUAUGGCCAAGAAUAUGGCAAGGAAAAUCCAAUUAGAGUUCUCUACCAUGGGUUUGGUCAUUAUGAUGCAUUAGAGAUUCCUACAAAGAAGAGUCCUAAGUCAAAACUCUAGCAUUUCACAUUUCAAUUGUUGAAGAGAUUAAAAUCAUGUAUUAAUUUUAUUUAUUCACAUUUAUAAUGUCAUGUAUAGGUCUAGUUGCAAGACAACCAAAAUGCAACCUUAUGGUCAUGGGCCAAGGAAUAAUGAUAUUCACUUUAUUGUACAUGGCUGUUUAUGUUGUAUUUUCUGUUGGCAUGAAUAA